AAGCGCGCUUCAACGUCAGUGUUGCCCUACAUCUUUCACAGAAAGGUGCUAUAAAACCAACUUUCAAGUGAUACCAUUGGUUUAAAAAAGAAUAGACCAUGGUGCCGACACCGCAAGAACUGAAUGCAGCCCCUCAAGGAGUUGGGGAUGGAGAGAAGUCAGGAGACAGGGUCGUGAUCUCCGGCAUGUCUGGUCUUUUCCCCAAUUCUUACCAUGUGAAAGACCUUGCCGAAGUAUUGUAUAGCAAGCGAGAUCCAAUCUCUUCGAAACCUCGAUGGCAAUACAACCAUCCCGAGGUAGCCCCGUUCACUGGGAAAGUGCCUGACAUUGAAUAUUUCGAUGCUCAAUUCUUCAAGGUUCACUUUCGUUUGGGCCACACUAUGGAUCCAAUGGCUCGCAAGUUACUGGAACAGGCGUAUCAAGCUAUUUAUGAUGCAGGCGUAAGUCCGGAACAUCUCUCCGGGAGGAAGGUGGGCGUGUUCAUCGGUACCUGCUUCUCUGAGACUGAGAAGGCAUGCUUCUAUGUAGCCAGCACGAGAAAUGGAUUCGGGAUCGCUGGAUGUAACAAAUCUAUGUUCGCCAAUCGUAUCUCUUAUUGGCUGAACGCGAAAGGGCCAUCGAUGUCGAUUGAUGAGUCUUGCUGCAGCUCUAUAGCGGCACUUGAGCAGGCGUACUUGGCAUUAAGCCGUGGUGACUGUGAGGCUGCUAUUGUCGGUGGUGGUAACGUCUGUCUGCAUCCACAGUCCUCUCUGCAUUACGGCAGGAUCAUGUCAUUAAGUAUGGACGGGAAAACUAAAUCAUUUGAUGAGAAAGCAUCAGGCUGCGCGAAAUCGGAAGCUAUCAACGUUCUGUUUCUCCAGAAGGCAAAGGAUGCUUUGCGAAUCUACGCGGAUGUAGUCCACGUUAAGAGUGAAUUUUUACAAAUCUUGAACAAUGAGACCGGACCUAGAUAUGGUUUCUACCGUAACCCUCGAGAUGUCGCUGUGUUCUUGAAUAACUUUUAUAAAGAAGCCAGAGUUCCACCGCAAGCCGUCGAGUAUGUUGAAGCAUCUGGAUCAGCUAUUCCAGAGGCAGAUAAAGCAGAAUUGGAGACAAUCGACGCUGUAUUCUGCAAGGACAGGGCGAAGGAACUUUAUGUGGGUAGCGUCAUGUCUAACAUCGGGUACGGUGAAGCAGCCUCUGGAAUCUCUGCUGUUACCAAGGUUCUGCUAGGUUACCACACAGGUGAACUGGCAGCCAACCUUAAUUGUGAUACACCGAGGAAGGAUGUCGCGGCACUACGCGAGGGUCGCAUACGUAUCGUGACCGAACACCAGCCAUUUAACAGAUCUUAUGUUGCUGUGAAUGGUAUAUCUAUCACUGGUGUUAACGCACAUGUUUUAUUACACGGACAUUAUAAACCUAAGGAUGUAAACCGAUACAAAAGUAACAUUCCACACCUGGUCACUCUUUCUGCGAGACAAGAUUCUUCAGUAAAGAGAAUUCUAAGUGACCUGAAGUCCAGACCUAUUGAUCCUGAGGAGUUAGCUCUGUUCCACAACAUACAUGAGACCAGAAUUAGUGGACAUUUGGGCAGAGGUUUUACUAUUUUAUCUACCGAUGCGGAAGGAGAGACCGUAUCGUUAUGCGAGAAGGUGGACUACUUUGACGACGUGCGACGUCCUCUGUGGUUCGUGUACAGCGGCAUGGGCUCGCAGUGGCCCGGCAUGGGGACACAACUGAUGCGCAUACCAAUAUUCGCGGCUGCUAUUGAACGUUGCCAUCGUGUUCUGGAACCUCUGGGAGUGAAUAUAGUGGACAUCAUCACAAAUCCCGAUAAGACGGCGUUUGACAAUAUCCUACACUCGUUUGUCGGCAUCGCCGCUGUACAGAUCGGACUCACUGAUGUGCUGCGAGCAGUCGGUCUGGUGCCGGAUAAGAUUAUAGGCCACAGUGUCGGUGAGUUGGGCUGCGCAUACGCCGACGGUUGCUUCACCGCUGAGGAGAUGAUACUAGCGGCCUAUUACCGUGGCCUUGUAUCUGUACAAACACCGUUCAUCCGAGGAUCUAUGGCUGCUGUGGGGAUUGGGUAUAAACAGGUGAUCAAACUGUGCCCGCCAGAGAUCGAGGUGGCAUGUCACAACGGCCCCGAAUCCUGUACUAUCUCCGGUCCGGCUGACGCCAUGAAGGAAUUUGUAGCACAGCUCACUGAGAAGUCCAUAUUCGCUAAGGAAGUUCCGUGCUCGAAUAUCGCUUACCACUCCAGAUAUAUUGCUAAAGCUGGCCCUGGUCUGCUGAAGUAUCUAAGCCAAGUAAUCAAGUCACCGAAGCGUCGUAGUGAAAAAUGGAUGUCAACUUCAGUGCCGCAAGAGAGAUGGAACGAACCGAUCGCACAAUACUCUUCAGCGGAGUAUCACACUAACAAUCUGCUUAACUCUGUGCUAUUCGAAGAGACGUCAAAAUUGAUACCAGCCAACGCUGUACUUGUGGAAAUAGCUCCCCACGGCUUGCUGCAAGCUAUCCUAAAGCGAUCCUUGCCGGAGACCUGUCGCCACGUGCCUCUCACUAGGCGAGGACAUCCCGAUAAUGUGCAGUUCCUGCUUGAAGCUGUUGGAAAACUUUACAUGGAGGGAUACAAUCCAAAAGUAGCAGUGCUGUAUCCUAAAAUCGAGUUUCCUGUUUCUACGGGAACUCCAAUGCUGUCCCAUUUGGUAGAAUGGGCUCAUCAUGAAAAAUGGAACAUCCCGACGUAUGUAUCAGCGCAUAGAAUUGUCGCGGCUUCAUACAAGUCCGUUUACUCCGUUUACGACGUUGAAAACGAAUAUCUUACUGGAAAUGUAAUAAAAGGAAAAAAUACAUUCCCAUUCACGGCAGCUCUGGUCGCAGUUUGGGACUUACUCGCUAUGUCGCUCGGUAUGCAAAAGAAACAAUUGUCAGUACAGUACAAAGACAUUAAGUUGUACUGCCAACCAAUGCUUCAUAAGCAACGUCAGUUGCGUCUCUUCAGCACCCUUCACAGAGGAACUGGCUAUUUCGAGAUCAUGGACGAACAUAACAGAGUCGCAACGGGUUAUAUCAAAGGUGAAAUUGAUGAUGACGAGAGACCUGAAAAUGAAUUUAUCUCAUCAGAGGAAUUAGAUUUAAAAUCAGAGGAUAUUUAUGAAAUAUUAAAAAAACGGGGAUUCGACUACAGUGGUGAAUUCCAAAGCAUUCGCAAAACGAACAAAUCGUUAACACAAGCUCAAAUAAUCUGGAAUAACAACUGGGUGACUUUUAUUGAUGGCAUUUUACAAUUGUAUGUACUUGCCCGAUCUAACGACUCUAUCUCACUGCCUACACACAUCAGGAAGAUGAUCAUCGAUAUUAAGAAGCACAGUGAAACACAAGUUGACAAUGAUAAUGUCAUGACUGCACAAGUUUGUGAUAUACUCAAGUUUACAAGAUGCGGAGGUGUAAUAAUAGAAGAUCUUAAAUUCCGUGAUCUGCCACCGUUGACAAAGGAAGCAAAUUUAAUGGCGUUGAAAAUUGUUCCGUAUUUCCAACAAAAUACCACAGACUUCUCCACUGCCAUGUUGGUAUUGCUGCAAAUCGUAGCUGAGAAUUUGAACAAAACAAACAUUAAUAUUGUGGAACUUUGCGAUAAUGAUGAAGAGUCAAGUUUCGAAAACUUAACUGAUGUUUUAAAAAUGAUACCCGCUAUUAAUAUUCAACAUAAAAUAGUAAAUAGAAAGAACGUGCUGGAAGAAAGAGUUCAUUUCCUAACGGACGCUGAUAUACUACUCGUUACAGAUCUGUCCAAAGACGAUAAGCUGUGUCAAACACUUUACCGUGUCCUCUGCCGUGACAACUUUAUAGUAAACAAAGAGAGUGUUGCAAAAGAAUCGCCGCUAAACAGACCAUCAGCUUUGUACCGUGUUGUCAGUGCGCAAAAUAUUACAAACAGCCGCUUAGAGUUAGUAAGAUGGCGACCAACAACCACCACAGCGUCUACCAGUGCGUUUACUGUACGAUCAGCUUCAGAUUUAGCUUUAUUGGUUUCCUCUCAAGCAACUCUACCACAACGACACAAGUUGCUCAUCAUUACGUCAUAUCCACCAAUCGAUGGGUUAAAGGAACUGGUUCAGAAAUGGAGAAAAGAUCGCAACCAGAUUUACGUUGUUAUGAUUAAUCAUAAGUUCGCUGAAGACCAAAAUAUAGAUCAGCUUCCUAAUUUAGAUUUGGUUUUUAACGUGCUGGAUAAUGGACGAUGGUGCGGCGAAUUCACUGUUCCAAUUGAACAGACACUUACCACAGCACACAAUGUAACACUUCAAAGUUCUCGCAUCGGAGAUUUUAACUCUUUACAAUGGGUAGAGAUGCCCAAUAUCAAAGGACCCGGAGUUAAAGUUACUGUCCAUUACGCUGGAAUUAAUAACACUGAUGUUAAAAGAUGUUUAGGAAUAAUCCCAAAUGUUGGCAAUGACAAUUGUUUUGGAAUGGACUUUAGUGGUGUGACUGAAAGUGGUGAGCGUGUGAUGGGUGUACUGCCGUCCGGCGCUAUCAGCUCGCAAGUGCUUGCGGAUCCCAAUCUACUAUGGCCGGUGCCAGACCACUGGACAUUGGAGGAGGCGGCUACCGUACCACUGGCUUACUCAUUCGCUCUCUACUGUAUUGGUAUCAAAGUCUUGCUAAACUCUAACAUGACAGUGUUAGUACACGGAGGUGCGGGUGCGCUUGGUCAGGCUGUUAUAUCCAUAGCCUUGGCCAACGGGUGCAAUGUCUUCACUACAGUUAGUGACAUCGGCAAGAAACGAUUCCUUUGUAAAAUGUUCCCACAACUUAAAGAGAAUCAAAUCGGCAAUUCGCGUGAUCACACCUUUGCUGACAUGGUACUGGCUGCCACUAAUGGUGAAGGUUGCCAUGUCACCAUAAGCUGUGUAGCUGGAAGCCUUAAAAAUGCAACACUCAACUGCUUGGGUCUUUGCGGUAUUCAUUUUGAUACGAUUCAAAUUACUACGCGUGCCAAUUUCUCGUAUGGCAUGUUCAACUUGACGAAAGAGAGGUCAUACAUGGCCGUUGACUUUGCACAUGCUUUGAGGGAAGGAAACCUGAGUGAAAUCUCUAAUCUGCAGUUAAUGUUAGCUGAAGGUAUUAAGCGAGGCUACGUACGGCCAUUGUCUCGUGUUGUAUACAGUCCUUCGGAGGUGCCGCGUGCCUUCCGUCUGUUGGCGGAAAGUCGUCACCGCGGCCGUGUCUUGAUACAGCUGCAAGGACACCAAGAUGCUCUCACACUGAAGACAGAACCAAGAUUAAACUGUUCUCCUGAUUUAAGCCAUUUAAUUAUGUGCAACAAUAACUACUUUGGAUUAAGAAUCGCAGAAAGACUAGUCCUGCGCGGCGCGAGAAAGAUAUAUUUACAUUCUUUGAAACCAUCUGGGCGUCUUGAUUUCGAAAUAAGGUCCCUUGAACAACAGGGUGUGAAAGUUGUACUCUCCAACGAAGUGUUAAAUACUAGUAGUGAUUUGAAUUCAUUGUUAGCUAAUUGUACAAAUCUAAGUACUAUAGAAAGUGUCUACGUUGUCGCUGUUGACAAAUAUGAAGAACAAUUCAAUUUAAUUCAAGAGUUAGAUAUGGCUACAAGAAAACUUAGCCCGGCUCUUAGGUACUUUGCAGUUAUUAACGGUGCUAAAGAUUAUGGAGUUCAAAGCUGCCUUUCAAGAGUGCAAGAAAGAUUGCCAGCAACCUUGAUAAAAAUACCAUCACUAAAUAAGAUGGAUAAACAGGGCUUGAAAUCCGAAGAAGAAUUGACCGAAAUAGACGCCGUGAACGUAUUUGAACGUAGCCUUAGAUCUAAUGAGGCUGUUUUGAUCGCAAACACACGCGCAAUGCAGCCACAAUCACUUCUGGAACAAAUUGCGUGCCUGGCUGGAAUUGAGAUACCCAAAGACGUUGCAGAAGAAGCUACUUUAUCAGAUCUAGACUUCGAUCACGACAAGUCAGCAAACGUAACCACGUACUUACGUGAUGUACACAACAUUUCACUGUUAGAAGAACACAUUCCUUAUUUGACAGUGCAAAAAAUACGUGAAAUAGAAGAAUCAAUGAGAGACAUAGAAUUCGAAGAAACCAAAGGUUUAGCUACAUUCUAUUCAGAUGUGGAUACUGAUGAACUUCAAGUGACCACUGAAAUGGUGUUUUUGCCGACACUAGCUAGUAAUUCUGCUAUGCGUGACGAUGAAUUCGAUGCUACCCAGACAUACUUAUGUAUAAUACCUGGGUUGGAGGGUAACCGUGAACGUUUCCGUUUACUUUGCGAACGAAUCAAGCUGCCAGCUGUGAUCUUGCAGCCCGGUCUCGACCGGCCAGACGAAACAGUGUCUAAUCUUGCUAAAAGAUAUGCAGAGACGCUCUUGAAAAAAACCGCACUGAAACGUAACUUUUACCUUUUGGGAUAUGAAAGCGGUAUCCUGGUGGCACUGGAAAUAGCUGCUAUUUUAGAAGAUCAUGGAUUGACUGGUACUGUCUUCUGCAUCGGAGCAUCACCUGACGAAUUACAAGUAAACAUUGCAGAACAUCUUAAAGAAUACGAUACCGAUGAAGCAUUAAGAAUGGCCGUAGCUAGACAUAUGUUCAGUUUGAUGGUUGGCGGAAGCACUGAUGGAUUUGAAAAGGCUAUAACAGGUGCUUUCACUUGGAAAGAAAAAAUAGAAGCUUGUGCCCGCUCUAUUAUUGGCAAGGUGUCUCAUUCAGCUCAAUAUACUAAAGAAAUGAUAGAUUGCGCUUAUAAAAGGAUUAAACAAAUCCAAGAACAUAAGCCAACACCAAGAACGCUACGUUCAAAGAUAAUUUUACUUCGUGCUGCUUCUGUGGGUAAUAAUGAUCAGUCCUUGCAGAAUUAUUCCAAGCAACCGAUCACUGUAUACGAGCUGUCUGCACCGUUAGCUCAUUCCGCUAAGGAUUUACGUUGUUCAUCGAUAAUCAACAAUCAUCUAGAUGCUGAAUUACUUGAGGAGUUCGAGAAGAAGAAUCUCUGCGAUACUUACUUGCUCAAUGCGGAUACAUUUAUGACUACUUCUAAUGAAAAUUAGAACUUUGAAGAAAAUUCGUGAAAAAUAAACAAUUUAAUCUUAAUAUUUAUUAAACAGCUUAUAUUAUUAUGUACUUUCUUU